UCGGAGGUUAAAAUGAUAAAGACAAACAACAACCCCAUAUUAAAUCCCACGUCUUUCGUCCACCACCCCACCUCCUCCGCGUUACACAUUUUACGUUAUCUCCUCCAAUAUAGCCCCAACCCUACGUUAAGUGGGUUCUAUUCUCUGCAACAAAUACGCUUCAUUUCAAACCCUAAUUUUCUCAUCCCUCGUCAUUUUUCCCGAGAAACACAAACUCCUUUCUCAUCUCUUAUCAGUUCCAAUUUCAACAAAGUCUAAACAUUCAUUUCGUUCUCUCCCAGUAUUUUUAAACAAAUCUCCCUUUUAACAUCUCGAUCUCUUUUUUUUUUUCGUUUCGAUUUUUUUGGUUAUUUGUUUUGAGGAAGUAGGGAGAAAUGGUUGGAGGAGGAAGCAGGAGAGAUGAAGGAUCGUUGGUGAUCAACAAUACGAACGUGUUUGCGGCUCUCGAAACUCUCCGGAAGAAGAAGAAAUCUGACAAGGACCGAGGUUCUUCUAAAAAGUCUUCUUCCAAGUCUCAGAAACAACAACAGCAACAACCUCAAAAAGAACCCGAAUCGCAGGUGUUUUGGGCUCCGGCCCCGCUCACUGUCAAAUCGUGGGCUGAUGUCGAUGAUGACGAUGAUUAUUAUGCUACAACCGCUCCUCCUCAGUCCGGUUGGGGAUCCGCCGAGCCUUUUCAGAGUCAUGAAGAUAAGACCGCCGAUUUAGAGGAUAGUGAGAGCGAAGAAGAUAUUUUAGACGAAGGUGAUGAUGAUAUGGAGGAAGAUCAUGACCAUGAACCAGAGGUUCAAGUACAUCCAGAACCUGUGCUGAAAAAGGCUCCUGAAGUUCCUGCACUGCCCAAGGAAGCAGAAAGACAACUUUCAAAGAAAGAGAGGAAGAAAAAGGAACUUGCAGAGCUGGAGGCUCUUCUUGCUGAUUUUGGAGUGACUCAGAAGGAGAGCAAUGGCCAGGAUGAACCUCGUGAUGUUGAACAAGAAAAGAAAGAUGGAGAGAGAGAAAAGAAGGAAAAUCCUCCAGGAGAGUCUAAAAGUGCCAAGAAGAAGAAAAAGAAGGAUAAAUCAAAGGAGGGAAAAGAAUCACAGGAUCAGCCUACUAGCACAGAUGCCACCAAUGGGCUGGAUGAAGCUGCUGGGACUGAGCAGACUGAGGAGGAUGCAUCUGCUGUUGAUGUGAAAGAGCGGCUAAAGAAGAUGGCAUCUAUGAAGAAGAAGAAAUCUAGUAAAGAGAUGGAUGCUGCUGCAAAAUCUGCCGCACAAGAGGCUGCUGCAAGGAGUGCAAGGCUUGCUGCUGCAAAGAAGAAAGAGAAGAACCAUUACAACCAGCAGCCAAUUCGGUAAAAGCCCCCUUUUGAUCGACAUACAUUACGUGAACAUCUACUUCUCGUUGUUCAUAUGACAAUGCGAAAUAACUAGUGGGCUUUGCUUCCUUAAAAAUAUGACCUUUUUAGCUGUAUCCGAAUGGACUAAAAGAAAGUUUUUAUUUUUUUUAGCUUAUUGGAUCUUAUUGUUGCUCAGUUAUCAUGGAACACAUUGUUAUGGCAGUUUUGUUUACCAAAAAUUCUUCAUCAGACAACAGCUGAGCUUAAUUUUUUCUGUGUAUUACAUACCUUUUGCUGCUGAGAUUUUUGUGGAUGGGACAAUGAUAUGCUGGAUAUAGCAAAUUAGCUA